AUGGAAACUUCCACUAAGUCAGUCAUGCAGCUGCAGAUCACGCUCCUGGCUCUGUGUCUCCUGCUCUUGUCCGUCGCUUCUCUUGUGGCUGAGGCGCGCGCCAAACUGAACUCCAUCCGGACCAUCAUCCUCCGGGACAGCUUCGUUUUACCCGUGAACCGGAGCAUCUGGGAGCCGAGCCUGGACUUCACGAUGUACCAGUGCAUGAGUGACCUGGAGUGUCGGGAGGGGAGCUACUGUCACUCUUCGCCCAAAGGUGGCGCUCACUCACGGUGCCACAGCUGUCGCCGCCGGAAACGCCGUUGCCAUAGGGACGGGAUGUGCUGCCCCGGCAACCACUGCAGCAACAAUAUCUGUGUGGCAAACGCAGACAGUUACGUAUCCCAGAGAAUUCCCGACUCGGAUGGCGGCAUGAGCUCACUGGCCUCCAAAAAAUCCUGGAGGCGACGAGGAAGAGGAGACAUGAAGGGGAGCGCUGGGAAAGGUCAAGUCGGCGACCCCUGCUUACGCUCGACCGACUGCUCUGACGGACUCUGCUGCGCUCGCCAUUUUUGGACCCGAAUCUGCAAACCAGUUUUACGAGAAGGUCAAGUCUGCACCAAACAGCGACGCAAAGGAACGCACGGUCUCGAACUCUUCCAACGAUGUUCAUGCGGCAACGGGCUAACCUGUCGCACGCUAAAAGACGCCAAAACGCAACCCGCUAGCUCUCUGUUAGCAGCUGUGGCGGCCAACUCCAAGCUAGCGUCGUCGUUUUCCGCUUCUACGAGGCACUCGUCGCCGCACACGUCGCUGCUGUCCGCCUCCAGAGCGACGUCUUCUUCGACUGUGGCUAAAACGAGACUUCACGUUUGUCAAAGAGAGUGA